AUGUCGCAAUCCUUCGCCCGCACCCUCUCCCCCUCCAUCUCUGCUGCGAUCGAUGCGUUUGGCUCCGUCACCGACGGCCAAGCUGCAAAGGACGUCGCCAGUGCCGCUACGUUCACGCGUCGGCACGCGUACAAUGACGCGAAGUCCGUCUCGGACCUCGUCGAGUGCGCUCCGGUUGACUACCGGACUUCCCUCGAGCCGGCGAUCCGCAGAAUCGCCGAACUCGCUGAAAAGCGAGUAAACGCUCGGUCCGCCCUUCGCAAGGCGGAAGCGGCUAUCACCGCUGGGAAGGUUCCCUCCCACCUUCAAUUGAAGGUGCCGACCAUUCAGGCGGUCAAGGAGUACCGCGAAGCGGGCCCAGAAGAAAUUCAGGGUCAUGCUGUCGGCUCGUGGCAAUCCCACGUCGACUCGAUCGAGUCUGUGGUCAAGAAGGCCCAGGACUCGAUCGUCUCGUCCUACGUGCAAAUCGUCAAGGACGAGAUCGUGGUACUCGGGAACAAGCUGUCCCGUGACGCACUGUUCGACCAGCUCAAGGUCGCAGUCUCCCCACGCUUUUCGGAGCUUAAGGAGUCGCGUCAGGAACCCGUCUAUGAGUGGCGGUAUAAGGUCCCCACCAUCAACGCUCUCGGCGAGAGUGUGUUCGAGGACAAGUGGACUCGAACCCGCCAGGAUACGGCGGUUGAUGUGCGGAUCGCUGGAUGGCAGGAUUCUCCGACGGUCAUGUCGGAGUUCCAGAACCUCGUCUCCGACCUCGUCUUCCUCGGCUUCCGCGCUAUCGCGAUCGUCGAGGCCAAGGACCUAGCCUUGCAGAAGAAGAUCGAGAAGAAGAAAGAGAUCGAGAAGUCGGCUGAUGCCGAGAUGAUCGACGCGACCAAGCCUGGUCCGUCGACUCAGUCCCUCGUGGAUAAGGCCGUGAGUGGCCGCGUCAAGUCGCUCGAGGCUCAGAUCAAGAAGGCGAGUGGUCCGUUGUCCGUCACGGCGGCAAAGAAAGCCUCGAAACCCAAGCCCGACGCCAAGAAGGGGAAACCCUCCUCGGCCAAGUCCAACGCACCGGCAAAGAAGAACACCGCGAAGGACUCGACGAAGAAGAACGUCGGGAAGAAGUCCAACGGAGCCGGACCCUCGUCGAAAGACAAGGGAAAGGGCAAGCAGGGCAGGAAGUAG